AUGUCUGUUCCAAGAUUAAAGAUUGGCUGUGCUGGCCUGGGCCGUAUGGGCAAGCGCCAUGCCCUCAACUUCCUCCAACGAACUCCCCGAGCUGAGCUAGUUGCAGCUAGCACCCCUGACCCCGUCGAGCUCGAAUGGGGCAAGGAGCACCUUGAGCCAUUCGGUGUGCGUCUAUACCAGAACUACGAUGACAUGCUCAAGCACGAAGGCUUAGAAGCUAUUGUGGUUGCAUCUGCAACAGCUGUACACGCCGAACAAGCGAUUAAGGCCAUUAAUGCCAACAAGCAUGUCCUUUGCGAGAAGCCACUGUCGACCAGUGUGAAAGUGUCCCAAUCCGUUGUCGACGCUGCCAACACGAAGCCAAACCUCAAAGUGAUGUGUGGAUUCUCCCGUCGCUUCGAUAACUCCUACCGCGACGCCUUCAAUAAGAUGCAAGCCGGAGCCAUUGGUGCCCCCUCCAUCCUGCGCAGCCAAACCUGUGACAAGCUCGAUCCCAGCGGUUUCUUCGUUGCCUACGCCGAAUUCUCGGGCGGAAUCUUCGUCGACUGUUCCAUCCACGACAUCGACCUCACACUAUGGUUCUUCGGCGCAAACAGCAAAGUUAAAUCCGUUUCCGCUGUCGGAAACACAGCCGUUGAACCUGAUCUCCGGAAACAUAAUGACCGCGAUAACGCAGUUGGUCUUGUCGAGUUCCACGAUGGAAAGAUUGCGUAUUUCUAUGCAUCUCGCAUGAUGGCUGCGGGACAGGAAGAUACAACUGAGAUUAUUGGCACGAAGGGUAAAUUGGCGGUUAAUACACAGCCCCAGAUGAACCUUGUACACUUGUCUGAUCAAUCGGGUGUUCGACGUGAGAUCCCUCAGACUUACUGGGAUCGAUUUGAGUAUGCUUUUGUUACUGAGGCGAAUGAGUUUACCGCUGCGGUUCUGGAUAAUAAGGCUUUGCCGUUGGAUUUGACGUCUGCUGUGCAGGCUGUCAGAAUUGGAGCUGCCUUGCAGGAAGCUAUGGUUUCUGGACAGAAGAUAUUCUUUGAUGAGAGUGGGAGCCGGGUUGAGGGUUCGAAAUUAUAG